AUGGAAGGUUUGUUUAGAGUAGGAUUGCGAGAAUUUGGUCUCAAUUAUUUAAAGAUGGCUGCAGAAAAAGGUCAUCUGAAAGCAAAACACGCAUACGUAGCGAAACACUUUGAAAGACGAGACAGGAUUUUGGCGGGAAUGGAAGGGAGUGAGAGUGAGGCUGUGUUCGAUGCUCUUAAUCUGAACCCACAACUCUUCUGUAACGAAGUUCUCAACAACGUAGACGAUGUGCUCGAUGAAGCUUUUCAUUUCUUCUACCAGGAUGCAUCCAAGAAGCUGAACAUUGAAGGCACCCAAAGGUCCCAAGAUCUAAAAAAGGGUGUUGAUUGCAUUCGUCAGAGGGUUCAAUCUGUUUUGGAUAAACAGCUUGGUGCUUGGGAGAAUUACAUCCUCCGUCACUGUUUUUCUCUUCCCCAAGGUUUUUGUAUGCCAAGCACUGAUGAAUCAAAUGGAAGUGGCCUUGAUCUAGGUGCUCCUUUUGAUCCAGAUGUAGAUGCCCAGUUAGAUUCAUUGAGAGAAAAACUAAAGGAGGUGGGGAAGGAUUCUGAAAUGCUUAAUCAAGACAUUCAAGCAUUAGAAAGAAAAUCUAAUGUGAAUGCUGGAUAUGUCAAUGAAGCAAUAGAAUUAUAUGAGCAAAACUCUAUGCAUGAGUUGUUUCAGGAGAUUGUGACAACCGCCUCAGAACUUGGAGUGAAGAUUGGAAAGCUCAACUCCAGCAUGAUUGAAGAGACUGACCAAAUGAAAACAAAAGGGAUCUAUAGCACAGAACUGGAUCUAUCUGCUGUACAUUCUGCUAAAGGCCUCUCAAAAAUGAAGUUAGACGACGUUGAAGAAUUUGUUGGUGUUAUGAAGAGUAUGUGA